AUGGUGGACAUUUCUCGGCACGUGGACUUCCUCGGACCUUGUGGAAAGACACUCAGCGUCUCCGAGAGGUCAGGAUUGCAGGUGUCAAUGAUGCAGCGGAAGCGGGAGGAGCGUCUGGAAGGGAAGAUGGUCUUCUGGGGCAAGGUUGAAGGCAACGAAAACGAUUACCUCGUUUGCUAUGCAUUGGCGACACCAACGCUAGAAGAAGGGGACUUCCCCCUCAAGAAGUUUUACUUCUGCGUGAGCAGCGACACGUCCCUGCGCCUGAUGCCGGCCGUGAAGCCCGAGUACGAGGUCCUGGCGGCGGCUGUGACGGGGAGGCUAAGAGGGGACCCUUCACUUCCCCUCGACGAGGAGCCGGAGGAGGAGGAGCCCCCCGCCGGGGAAGACGAAGAAGAGGAGCCCCGCCCCCCGGAGCGAUUCUUGGAGAUGCACCGCCUCGCUCACAUCGUGAAAACCAUCGACCGGGCUGUGGCCGUGGUGCCCAAGGGGGCCCUCCUUGUUGAGGCGUCCCGCAAGAUCCGGCCUUACCGCAACUUCGAGGGCCUGUCCGUAGAGGCGGCAAAAGAUCUGAGAAGCUACUUCCACUUCAGGAACCCCGAGAGCAUCGAGGCCAUCGCGGCGCUCACGAAGAAGGGUUUGGUGAGAGAUGCAGACUUCCUCGACCCCAUCGCCGCCGACAAACCGCCGGGGUGCUGGACGCUUUCCAUGAACCCCUCGGCGUCGUGCUCAGUACUGCGCAGUCUAGCGUGGCCAGGGUACUUUUUCUUUCACGAGGCGGAAACGGGGGACUACGGCGGGGCAUACUUCGGGGACGGGUUGCCGAACACAGAUCUGCAGUUUAUGCUGUGA